AUGGUCUCCUUGGCCAUAUGGUUGAUGUGGGCGAUCCCAGCAUCCUCAAGGCUCAUGAUCGAAUUUUUGCGUUUACAGCCGGAGGCGGAAGCAUGGAAAAAUCUUUUCAUCCCAGUUGUAAGCCAGCCGGAUGGAGAAGCGUUGGUGCGAAUAGCAGAGUUUGUCCCGAAGAACAUCCUGGAGACCGUGCAGUGUGGAGCUGCAGAGAGCGUUUUCAAGAUUUUCCAGAGGUCGGAUCUCUUUGAGAAGAUCCAGGGCAUUGUUGAUGACUUGGAGAUCGACCUCGUGCUGAUCUGGAGCCUGGUGGGUCUUGGCCCAGGACCCACAGACACAGUGGCAUGCUUUAAGCCAGAGACAAAGCGUUUCCCGACCAAGACAGAAGGCUGUGGGGGUGCCGGUUACCGCACGACGACAUUGGAGUUGUUGAGUUCUGGUGUAUCUCUUUAUCCCCUAUGUAGAACAAACCGUGCCGAUCUGGUCAUGCUUCCAAAGGGCGAAUGGCCACAAUGCCGUGAGUCAUCCCUGGAUAUGCCCAGAGGGUAUCUACAUGUACAACUACAAGCCAUAAUGCAGAGGAAUCCCCUGGAUCCAGAGUUCCCAGCCGCUCUCGACAUCGAUCGGCAUGCUCCGAAGUUUCCAGCCGUCCUCGAGAUCGAUCGGCAUGACAAUGACGAUGACGGCGGCACCGCCGAGGCGCGAUCUCCUAUGCGGACCUCACGCCGACCGUCGUAUCGCGGAGUGGGUUACCGGGCUCAACUUGCUGUGGAGGAAGCUGUCGAGGCGACGUGGUCCGUGCUGCUCUCUUCGCCCCGUCUCGCGUCCGUCGACACCGGCUCGACCGCAUGCUUCGCUGGCCUCGACGGUGCCAAUGCGGGCCGCUGCCGACGCCGGCGCGGCCGCUGCCCAAACGUCAGCACAGGCGAUCUAAGAAGAGGCAAGCGUUCCGGCGCAUGUUCUGACUACCGUGUUCACGUGCUGUGGCGCCUGUCCGUCGUCGUCUGUCCUGGUCAUGGAGGAGUUCGUGAUGGGCGACGACGCGCGGCUCGUGGCGUCCAUGCGGCUCGCCAUGAAGCUGGCCGUGUCGUCCAGACUCUUGGCCAAGCUCUCCGACCUCUUCGCCUCCGAUGCCGCGUUCCGCGACGCACUGGCGCGCGUCCGUGGGGGGCCGACGGCGAGCGGCUCCGCGUCGUGGCCUACGGGAUCGGCGGCGCGCAGUACAGCUGGGCGCCACGGUUUCGCCUCGCCGUGCUGCUGCUCCUUCGCGACGCGUUCCCCGACGCGAUCGGCGACGUCGAGGUGGUGUGCCCGACCGCGGCCCCCGUGGAGCGCCGAGCCAUGGAGGAGUUGGGCUGCGUCGUUACCACGUCGGUUCAGUGCCAGCCAGUUCACGGGCCGACGCUCAUCUUCAUGCCAUACGCAGACCACGUCUUCUUCAAAAACCUGCUCACCUUGAACUGGAGCGCGGAUCAGCUCGGCAAGAUCGUCUUGCUCGGGCACAGCUUUGGCACCAUGGUCAAGAUGCUUGAGCUCAGCAUGUCCAAGCAGGAGAAGUUUGGUGUCACCGAGCAGAGGGAGAAAGUGAGGAGGGUGAUGGCAAUUCGGGAGUAUGUGCGUGAGAUUGAGCUAUGCUCAGAAAUCGAUGGUUUGCUCGAUAGUCCUCUCUGGGGAGAUGAUGAUCCUGAUGCUGAACUAGCCAAAGAUUGUGACGAUUCAUUUCUUUCAAAAAAAGAUUGUGACGAUUCACAGGAGGAGUGCAGAUGCAUGCACUGCAUUGCUAAUAUAGAGAGACAUGCCAUGAUUAGUGCUCUUCCCAGCUCCUUUUCAGUUCAUGUAUUCCACUUUGAUCCUGAAAUUGACAUGGACCAUCUUGUGCCAGUGAAUUGUCCUAAGAGGGUUUGGAGCACAGUGAACGUCCAGAUGAACUGUGAUGCUCAGUUAGCAGGCCAGAAGUGCAUGUUCUUAUUUUCUUCAACAAUGUAUAAGGAUAAAGAUUUAAAGGAAGCGGUGAGCAUAGUUAAAGAAGUGCGUGAAACUAUGCUUGAUGUUAGGAGUUCUUCACUGUACGCAAAGUUCAUUCAUCAGCUUAAGGAAAAUCCAAGUACAAGCAUGUUGGGAAGUCAUGAAUGCAUGGAUUUGGUAAUUUAUGGCCUUGGGAGCUUUGAAUUUGACAUGAGAUCUCAGUAUCAGCUUGCUUUCGCUCUUCUUCUAAAGGAAGAUAAGGUAUUUCCAGUUGGCAACAUUGAAAUAUAUGACCCGGCACUCUCGCCAGCUGAUGUCAAGGCUUGCUUCGACUUGGGAGUAAGAGUUCUUCUAGUUAAUGAGCAGUGCCAAAGAAGUGUGGAGAAGCCAACACUUUUCUAUGUUCCAGGUCUGAAAUUCAUAGGGAAUCUUGUGGAAUCAAACUUCUCUCCUAAGCAAUUAAAUAAGGUGAUUCUGGUUUCCUAUGGGUUGAAGUACAGUGUGGAAAGUGCUUAUGGUGGAUUUGAAAACUGGAACCUUGGAUGUACCAGUAGGGGUUCCCUAGCUUUGGAAAGGGACAGAUUCCUGUGGGCAACCGUGGAUUACAUUCAUGAAGCCAUUGCUAUGGGAAAAUCCAAUGAGGAAUUAGAUGGUGUUGGUGAGUUGAAGGUGGAGUUUGUUGAAGUAGACGAUGAUAUGGACAUAUACUCAAAAUUGCCAAGUAUUUCUUCUGCUUCUGAUCAUCUGCUUAUGCUUGGUUUCUUCCUAGUGUUCUUUUUUAAUGGUGAAUCUGACUCUACAGGGCUGACACUCAAGGAGAAAUUUUACCUUAACUUCAUGUUGGAGGUGGAAUAUAAUUCAUUCCUUUCUUUUGAUCAUGUGGCUUCCCUCCGUAUGCAACUGGAAGAGCGAAUAUCACGCCCAUUCAGAGAAGAUCCAUGUGAUUGCAGGGAUGAUGAUACUCCAUUCUGGGGACCUGUUUUCCGUCACCGUCUCCCAGAAAUGAAACGGACUACAUGGUCGCCUCCACCCAAGGGUUGGAUCAAGCUCAAUUUUCAUGGAAUUGGCUGUUCCAAGGGCCGUCCCGCCAGCAUUGGUGGUAUAUUCCACAAUGACAAAGGUGAGGUGCUCUCGUACUAUGCUGGUCCAGUAGGAGACGUGGACCAGAUUGUGGCCAGUGCCAUGGCACUUGAGAUGGGGCUACAAAAAAUGAUUGACCUCCAUGAACCAGUAUUCAAGCUGAUCAUUGAGGGGGACAAUCUUAUGGUGAUACGCUGGUGCAACAGAAUCGCUCGCCCACCUGAAAGAGCUUUUGAUUCAUUUUCACAUAGCUAUUGGUACAUGGAUUUGAGACCCACCGAGGCACCUGCUCCUGACGAGGUACCUGAGGAGUGCAAGUGCAACAAGGGUGAGGAUGAUGGUUCAAAGGAUACAGACGAGGAUAAUGGUCGAAAGGAUGAUGACGAGGAGGAUGUUGGUGCAUCUUCAGAGUUUGACAUCCCUCCUGGAUGGGCUCAGAGAGAGUACAUAGCUUGGCAUGUUGAACAGCCGGCUAAUCGGGUCACGAUUGGUCUGGCACGUGUUGGAGCUUCCCUACCUGGGAUCUUUCUACACCAAUCAAGCAUGUGUGACUGUGGACAUGGAAUGGACAUGAAGAAUGACAAGCCAGACGUUACAUGGUUCCUUCAUGACUUUGCUACGGGUGAUGGCAUCAUUGAACGACUGAAAAUUUGA